AUUACCUGGCUCAAUAUACAUAAAUAAUAAAAACGAUAAGUGUGCAGAAAACUUUAGUUUUAUGUAUAAUGCAAGUGACAAAUAUUGACGUUAUUUACACCAAUAACCAACUACUGCCUGUUAUGAUGUAGUACCAUGAAAAUUUCACUAGCUUUUGUUUUAUAUCUGGUGUCAUCUGUAAAUAGUCACAGUGAAUCAAUUAAAAAUGAAGAGGAAUGUAAAAUAGCUGAUUUAUGCGUACAUGAUAAAGUUCCUAUGUGCGGGAUUGACUCUUGUGGCGAAAUGCGAACAUUUAUUGAUACUUGUGAUAUGCACGAGUUUAAUUGCGACAGCAAGAAAGAUUUCAAACAACGUCCCAUCCACGAAUGCUGGGUAACGUGCAAGAGGGGGCGGUCUUUCAAGAAACCCGAAUAUAGAACGGACUGCAACAUCAAUAUUAAAAAUAAUAAUAGACUAUAAUUCAAUGAA